AUGCAUUCGGGUUACAAGAGGGGAUUACAGUUCUUCUUUCUGAAGAAAUGCCCGAGGGAGAAUGAUUUUGAGAAGGGGAUUGAGGGAAGGAAUAGGUCUAAUCAGGUGGCAGGUGGCAGUGGUUUAUACGCUUUUUGCUUGUGGGCAUUGUUGGAUGAUGCAGCUUGGGAAAAGCAUUCGUGCGUAUAUUCAUAUGAUGCUUUUGGUUUGGAUUUGUUGCUUGUAAAUUCUUUGAUUGAUAUGUAUGGGAAAUGCGGGAGCUUAAAAAUAGCAAUAAUAGUAGUUGAUUGGAUUAAAAAGGUGAAUUGGACUUCUUGGAGCCCUAUGAUAAAUUGUUUUGCAUUAUACGGUCAGACUGAGGGAGCUUUUGGUGUUAUCACGAAUAUGCUGCUUCAUGGGGAUGAAGUGAAGCCAGAUGGAGUGACUUUUAUAGGGUUGUUAAAUGCUUGUACCUCUUGA